UGAUAAAUGUGUGUAAGAGCACACCGGUGCCCCAAUGACACCAAGCCCCAUGGCCCUGAGACAGGCCUUUACCAGACACCAAAGGCUGUGUUCCCCUCCUGGGCCUGGGUCAUCUAGGGGCUUGAUAUCAGUGGCUGCAGGACGAACCCAACUCUCUCUCCCAGCUUCAGCCAGGUUGGCUUAGAAGGGUCAGCUACAGGAACUAUUGUGUAAUUAUGGAUCCGUGCCUGCCUACCCGCCCAUACUGAGCUGCCCGAGGACAGAGAGCAACUCUUGGUUUAUCUCCAUAGCCAGGGGCCAGCACACAGUAGACCAGAGGAGCGAUCCAGAGAAUGGGCCUCUGCUCCGCACCAGCUACCCAGCCCCCAGCUCUGCUGUCAGGUUCAACCGGCUGUGUAACAAGUACUAAAGGCCCAGCUUCUGCAGUGGGAGGAGGCAGGAACGGACUUGCCUUCUCUCCUUUCUCCUCCCAACCCCCAUCACAGAGUCACCUUUGCAGCUUCAAGAUUUUGGCCCUGGGUGGCUAUGGAGACCCCUGAGGAAAGCCAGAGGAUGGCCUGGUUUAGUGAUCAUGAGCUCGGGGUGCCCCAUGACCCACUCUCCGCCCUCCCCAAGAACAACAAGGCCUCAGCACAGGGAGGUGCCAGCCUCCCCAAGGAGACUCUUGCCAUGUCCCCAGGGCCCAGAGGCUCAGGGCCACAGCUUCCCAGCUGUGCGUGUCCCUCCCAAUGCACCUGCCACCCAUCUCCCAACUCUGGCCUUGUGCAACAUAAACGGUCUGCUUUUCACCCUGUCUCCAUUAGCAAACUGUCCACCGCCUCACCCCAGCCCACACCCUCUGGGAAUAGGCUGCCAGACAUCUGUGUUUUCAGGGCUUGGGGGUAGAGGAGCACCAGGUGCCAAAAUGGGCCCAGUGGGAGGGCAAGAGCCAUGUGCUCCUCUCCCUGCCCCUGAUGCGGCCCCAGCUGUGGCCUUCCCACUCAGCACUGCUAGCUCCUCAUCCUCCUGGCUUGGCAGCCGUCCCCUCACUUUCCAUCCCCCCACCCACCCCACGCACCGUCCGUCAGCCAUGUUCUGCUGCCGACCACCCCCACGCUCACCACACGCAGUGGCUCAGCUCCUUUGGAAGCUGGUAGCACCCACGGCAGGGAACAGGGCUGCCAGUCAGAAGGGAGUGGAUGCCUGCAUUUCCUCUUCAGGCCGGCCAGAGGCAUUCUGCAGCCUCCCCUUCUCGUCCCAGCCAACCAGCCCUGGCUAACACACUCGGAUAAGGAAUCCUUUCGGCUCUCAUUCACUCCAUGACUUUGGUUCAUUUCAUCAUUUGAGGGAGAAGCCAAAGCCAGGGACCAAACAGAAAUGUAGAAUCAUCUAAGGACAGCUGUCAGACCAUUUUCCCCACUGUCUUCACUGGCUGGCCAGAAAAAUAGCUUUACCUGGCACAGUGUUGAUGUUCAAUAACUGUCGAAUGAAGGUUGGAAGGGCUUUGCCCUGAGCACUGAGGAGAGAGAGCUGGUUGUGUGGGACUUGAAGUCUGUCUCAGUUUCUUUAGGUGGGACUGACGCCCUUGGCCUUCCUCCAGGGAAGGCGUCCAGCAUCCAGAGGUAAGGAUUCUCCUGUGGACCUUGUGACCUCUGACUCCUUCCCCUUCUUCCCCCAGAGUUCAAGGAGGCCUUCUCCCUCUUUGACAAGGAUGGAGAUGGCACUAUCACCACCAAGGAGUUGGGGACAGUGAUGAGAUCCCUGGGACAGAACCCCACUGAAGCAGAGCUGCAGGAUAUGAUCAAUGAGGUGGAUGCAGAUGGGAACGGGACCAUUGACUUCCCGGAGUUCCUGACCAUGAUGGCCAGAAAGAUGAAGGACACAGACAGUGAGGAGGAGAUCCGAGAGGCGUUCCGUGUCUUUGACAAGGAUGGGAACGGCUACAUCAGCGCCGCAGAGCUGCGUCACGUAAUGACGAACCUGGGGGAGAAGCUGACCGAUGAGGAGGUGGAUGAGAUGAUCAGAGAGGCUGACAUCGAUGGAGAUGGCCAGGUCAAUUAUGAAGAGUUUGUACAGAUGAUGACUGCAAAGUGAAGGCCCCCCGGGCAGCUGGCGAUGCCCGUUCUCUAGAUCUCUCUGUUCUCGCGCGCGCACUCUCUCUUCAACACUCCCCUGCGUACCCCGGUUCUAGCAAACACCAAUUGAUUGACUGAGAAUCUGAUAAAGCAACAAAAGAUUUGUCCCAAGCUGCAUGAUUGCUCUUUCUCCUUCUUCCCUGAGUCUCUCUCCAUGCCCCUCAUCUCUUCCUUUUGCCCUCGCCUCUUCCAUCCAUGUCUUCCAAGGCCUGAUGCAUUCAUAAGAUGAAGCCCUCCCCAGAUCCCCUUGGGGAGCCUCUGCCCUCAUCCAGCCCGGGUGGCUCUCCUCCAUUUUGGUUUGUUUCCUCUUGUUUGUCAUCUUAUUUUGGGUGCUGGGGUGGCUGCCAGCCCUGUCCCGGGACCUGCUGGGAGGGACAAGAGGCCCUCCCCCAGGCAGAAGAGCAUGCCCUUUGCUGUUGCAUGCAACCAGCCCUGUGAUUCCGUGUGCAGAUCCCAGCAGCCUGUUGGGGCAGGGGUGCCAAGAGAGGCAUUCCAGAAGGACUGAGGGGGCGUUGAGGAAUUGUGGCGUUGACUGGAUGUGGCCCAGGAGGGGGUCGAGGGGGCCGACUCACAGAAGGGGACUGACAGUGGGCAACACUCACAUCCCACUAGCUGCUGUUCUGAAACCAUCUGAUUGGCUUUCUGAGGUUUGGCUGGGUGGGGACUGCUCAUUUGGCCACUCUGCAAAUUGGACUUGCCCGCGUUCCUGAAGCGCUCUCGAGCUGUUCUGUAAAUACCUGGUGCUAACAUCCCAUGCCGCUCCUUCCUCACGAUGCACCCACCGCCCUGAGGGCCCGUCCUAGGAAUGGAUGUGGGGAUGGUCGCUUUGUAAUGUGCUGGUUCUCUUUUUUUUUUUCUUUCCCCUCUGUGGCCCUUAAGACUUUCAUUUUGUUCAGAACCAUGCUGGGCUAGCUAAAGGGUGGGGAGAGGGAAGAUGGGCCCCACCACGCUCUCAAGAGAACGCAUCUGCAAUAAAACGAUCUUGUCGGCCAGCUGCCCAGGGGACGGCAGCUACAGCAGCCUCUGCGUCCUGGUCCGCCAGCACCUCCCGCUUCUCCGUGGUGACUUGGCACUGCUUCCUCACAUCUGUGCUCCGUGCCCUCUUCCCUGCCUCUCCCCUCACCCACCUGCCUGCCCCCAUACUCCCCCAGCGGAGAGCAUGAUCCGUGCCCUUGCUUCUGACUUUUGCCUCUGGGACAAGUAAGUCAAUGUGGGCAGUUCAGUCAUCUGGGUUUUUUCCCCUUUUCUGUUCAUUUCAUCUGGCUCCCCCCACCACCUCCCCACUCCACCCCCCGCCCCCUGCUUCCCCUCACUGCCCAGGUCGAUCAAGUGGCUUUUCCUGGGACCUGCCCAGCUUUGAGAAUCUCUUCUCAUCCACCCUCUGGCACCCAGCCUCUGAGGGAAGGAGGGACGGGGCAUAGUGGGAGACCCAGCCAAGAGCUGAGGGUAAGGGCAGGUAGGCGUGAGGCUGUGGACAUUUUCGGAAUGUUUUGGUUUUGUUUUUUUUUAAACCGGGCAAUAUUGUGUUCAGUUCAAGCUGUGAAGAAAAAUAUAUAUCAAUGUUUUCCAAUAAAAUACAGUGACUACCUGA